CUUGGUCUUGGGGUUUUUUUCCAAAUUUUUCACUGUUAGGUUUAAGUUUCUCAUUGCAUCACUGAUCACUCGGGAGGUUGAGAUUUAGAUUCAGAUCAACAUGGCCGCCGCCGCUCAGCUUCGCUGCUCUACAGUCGGCAGACACCACUACAACCCUUCCGACAACCGCAGAUUCUCGGACAACCCUAAUUCUUCGAUCUCCUUCCCCUACUCCAAGACCCAGAAUCGCCCUCUCUCUUUCGUCCCAAAACCCAUCUGGGUCCAAACGCCAGAGCAUUCGUUUUCCGGCGGAAAUGGCGGUGGCGGCGCGGGAGCGGGAGGAAGUAGCGGCGGAUGGAGCCGAGGCGGAGAUGGGAAUUCCGACGACUCGUCGUCUUCCUCGUCGUCGGUUUCGGGAUUCGGAGUUCUGGGUAUGUUUCUCAACGGGUGGAGAUCCCGUGUCGCCGCCGAUCCGCAGUUCCCCUUCAAGGUUCUGAUGGAGGAGGUGGUCGGCGUCAGCUCCUGCGUCCUCGGCGACAUGGCUUCCCGCCCCAAUUUCGGCCUCAACGAGCUUGACUUCGUCUUCUCGACGCUCGUCGUCGGCUGCAUCCUCAAUUUUACGCUCAUGUAUUUGUUGGCCCCCACUCUGUCCGCCUCCGCCGCCACUCUUCCGUCGAUCUUCGCCAGCUGCCCGGCCAGCCACAUGUUCGAACCGGGUUCCUAUGGCUUGAUGAAUCGAUUGGGGACUUUCGUGUACAAGGGCACAGUCUUUGCUGCCGUUGGAUUCGUGGCGGGGCUUGCUGGAACCGCAUUGUCGAAUGGGCUGAUCAAAUUGAGGAAGAAGAUGGAUCCGAAUUUCGAGACCCCGAAUAAGGCGCCGCCUACGCUGCUGAAUGCGCUCACUUGGGCGGCUCACAUGGGUUUGAGCAGCAAUUUGAGGUACCAGACGCUGAACGGGGCGGAGUUUUUGCUGGAGAAGGGGCUUCCGCCACUGGCGUUCAAGUCGUCCGUGGUGGUUCUGAGGUGCUUGAACAAUGUGCUCGGCGGGAUGUCGUUUGUUGUGCUGGCAAGGUUGACGGGGUCACAGAGCGUAGCGGAGAAACCGGUUGAAGUGGAGGUGGGAUCGGCGGAGGAGAAGGAGAAAUUGGUGGUGGCCGAGAGUGAGGAUGGGCAGAGCAAUCAGUCGACUUUCAAAUGAGGAUUUGGUGUUGUUUUUUGUGUGGCUUUCUGUCAUUUUUGUUCAUAAUUUUGAACUAAAACUUGGGCGCUUAGUGUUUUUUUUUUUUGUAGCAAAAAUAAAAUCUUAGAGUUAAUGGAACUUUAGGUGUUUGUAAAAGUUUAUGCAAGUGCUGGCUCACAACUUGAAUCUGUUUACGAAUUACAAUAGCCUUUUAUGUUUGCAA